AUGGCUAUGAUGGAUAAGCAGGCUCAAGACGGUCCGUUGACUACUCCUGUUACUGCGAAUCCGAGCGGAGAUCGAGAUGCUGUCGCGGCACUGAGUGUUGAGAAGGAGAAGGUGGAGAGAGAGGGUGUUGUGCAGGGUGUUGAGAAGGAGGGCGUGGUACCGACAAAGGCAAAGGAGACAUCUAACGAUGGCCUCAAGAACUACUUUCGUGUGUUUUCCUACGGAACAAAGUUGGACUAUCUGCUCAUCCUGCUGUGUGCAAUAACAUCCGUUGGCUCGGGUGUUGCGUUCCCCUUGAUGACUGUCGUCUUUGGCCAGCUCGUGGGAACUUUCACCGACUACUUCACCCCAGGGACAAGCGUUACGUCCGGCGAGUUCCAAGAUGAAGUCAACAACUUGACACUGUACCUGGUGUAUCUCUUCAUUGCGAAAUUCGCCUUCUCCUACAUAUCAAUGUUUACUAUCCGCAUCAGCGGCCUCCGCAUCUCGGCUGCCUUGCGCCUGGCAUAUCUCCGCGCGCUGUUCCAACAGCCCGUCAGCGUCAUCGAUACCAUCAGCCCAGGCAAAGUCUCCACACGCAUCACCACGUCGUCAAACACAGUCCAACUCGCCAUAUCACAGCACCUCACCACGGUGAUUCAGGCUCUCGCAUUCAUAAUCGGGGCGUACGUCGUGGCAUUCAUCCAGAGCCCACUGCUCACUUUGGUUGCUUCGGCAUGCAUGCCGUUUAUCCUGAUUGUGAGCGGCAUUAUUAUCCCGCCGUUUAUGCGCAUCCACAAGGCGAGCGAAAAGUACAGCGACGAAGCCACUGCCGUGGCGUUUGAAAUGUUCUCGUCUAUCCGCGUGGUGGUGGCCUUUGGCGCAGAGGCCAAGCUCGCACGCCAGCAUGAGGAGUUGCUGGUGAAAGGGGCGAAGAAUCUGCGCAAAGCGGCGCCUCUGACGGGCCUCUUUUUUGCACCCAUGAUGGUCGGCCAGUACGGCACUAUGGGCAUUGCGUUUUGGUUCGGCAUCAAGCAGUACUCCGAGGGAAAGAAUACUGAUGUCGGGACCAUUGUAAUCGUCUUGUUUGCGGUCAUGAUGGCAGUCAUGAACCUGGGUAGAGUGGUUAGCCCCGUCGUGGCCAUUGCAAAGGCUGCCACUGCGGCUGCGGACCUGUUCAGCACCAUCGAUGCACCCGUUCCCGAUGUUUCUGGCCUGAAAGAACCAGACGUCACCGCCGAUGCCAACAUCACGUUCCAGAAUGUCUGUUUCUCGUACCCGAGCAGACCGAAUGUCCAGAUACUUCAGGGGCUCGAUGUCGAAUUUGAAGUGGGCAAGGUGACAGCCAUUGUCGGUCCAUCAGGGAGUGGCAAGUCUACGAUUGUCGGCCUAGUGCAGAGAUGGUACGACCUCCUUGGUACCACAGCCUCAGCUGCACCGAUCGAUAACCCCACCGACGCUCGCGCUGCAGAACCCAAGACCGAUGAGCCCGCGAAAAAGUCUGGAUGGUUCAAGAAGCGUAGCGCUGAUGAGGCUAAAGACAACGAAGCCACCAAGACAAACGACGACAAGAGUAAAGAGGAAGAGCCCGACCUAGGCCCCAACACAUGUACCGGCAGCAUCAAGAUCGGAACGACAGACCUCAAGCACGUCGACAGCAAGUGGUGGCGCUCUCAAAUCGGGCUUGUGCAACAAGAGCCCUUUCUCUUCAACGACACGCUCUACAACAACGUUGCCUUUGGGCUCAGCGGAACAAGCUACGAAGGCCUACCCAAAGAAGACAAGCUCGCCCUGGUGGAAGCAGCCUGCCGCGAAGCCUACGCCGAAGAAUUCAUCGCAAAGCUGCCAGACGGCUACGACACGCUGGUAGGCGAGAGCGGCAUCAAGCUGUCCGGCGGCCAACGCCAGCGCAUCGCCAUCGCCAGAGCCAUCAUCAAGCAGCCGCCCAUCCUGAUUCUCGACGAAGCCACCAGCGCCAUUGACGUCCGCACAGAACGCAUAGUCCAGCAGGCCCUCGACCGCGUAUCCAAGAACAGAACCACAAUCGUCAUUGCCCACCGCCUCUCGACUAUCAAGCGCGCACACAAAAUCGUCGUGUUGCGAAAGGGCUACCGCGUCGAACAGGGUACUCACGAUGAGCUACUGGGUAUACCCGCGGGUGUGUAUGCGGGGCUCGUUCACGCUCAGAACAUCGCUGUUGAGGCGGAGACUGAGACGGAGACUGAUGAGCUGGUGCUGCGGCAAAUAAAGACGGCGGAUAGCGAAGUGGUCGAGGACAAGCAGAAGAUGACUACAACCAUGACGAGCAGCAGCAGCGACGCCCCGAAAACAGAAGAACAAGAAGCAGCGUACAAGCAACGAGGUCUCCUUGCGAGUCUCGGACGCUUGCUAUACGAGCAACGCAGCCACUGGGCGCUCUUCAUCAUGGCCAGUCUGGGCAUCCUAGCCAGCGGCGCCGUAUGGCCACUGCAAGCGUGGAUCUUCGCCCAAGUCGUCAACGUCUUCACACUCCCGCCCGACCAGCUCGUCGACAAAGGCAAUUUCUGGGCGGGCAUGUUCGGCGUGCUGGCCGGCGGCACCUUCGUAUCCUACUACCUCAUGGGCUUCGCGUGCCAUCUCAUGGCUGUAGCCGUGGCGCUGCAGUACCGACAAGAGUACCUGCGCAACCUGAUGCGCAAACACAUGGCGUUUUUCGACGAGCAGCCGCACAGCCCGGGCUCUCUGACCUCGCGCGUCAGCGCAGACACGACGCAGCUGCAGCAGCUGAUGGCCACGGAAAUGGGCAUGGCACUCAUCGCCGUCGUCAACGUCGCAGGCUGCAUCAUCAUCUCCUUCAUGUACGGGUGGAAACUCUCGCUCGUGGGCAUCUUCACUGCGCUCCCCCUGAUCCUCGCAGCAGGCUAUCUGCGGAUGCGGCUGGAAAUGGAGUUUGAAAAGAGCAAUGCGCGCGUGUUCGAGCACAGCAGCCAGUUUGGCGCUGAGGCUGUCGGCGCGUUUCGCACCGUGCUCAGUCUGCUGAUGCACGACGUGAUAGGCGACCGGUACGAUGCGCUGCUGCGGCGCCAUGUGCGCGAAGCGGUUUCCAGGGCCAAAUACAGUACGCUUGUUUUCGCGGGCAGCGACAGCAUUGAGCUGGCGUGCAUGGCGCUGACGUUUUGGUAUGGCGGCACGCUGCUUGCGGCGCGCGAGUACUCCAACGUCGACUUCUUCGUCAUCUACCAGGCCAUUAUCUCCGGCGCCGUGGCUGCAGGCACUUUCUUCUCGUUUGCGCCUAACAUGGCGCAGGCAACCGGUGCGGCCAAUCGCAUCCUGAGCAUGCGUCCACAGCCCAGCAGCAGCAGCAGCAGCAAGGCCUCUUCUUCCCCGUCCACUCAGCUCGACCUCAACCCGUCUCGCAACGGCAUCGGCAUCGACUUCCAAAACGUGAGCUUCACGUACCCAACCCGCUCGACACGCGUGCUCUCGAAUCUCAGCCUGAGCAUCCAGCCCGGCCAGUUCGCCGCGCUGGUUGGCGCCAGCGGCAGCGGGAAAUCGACCGUCAUCGCGCUGCUAGAGCGCUUCUACGAGCCGUCCGCCGGCCGCAUCCUGUGCAACGCCCAGGACAUUGCGGGUUUGGAUGCGGCUGCGUACCGGCGGCACAUGGGGCUUGUGAGCCAGGAGCCCACGCUGUACCAGGGCACGAUUCGGGAGAACAUUGCGUUGGCCGUGGACGCGGCUUCGGAUGAGGACAUCCACGAGGCGUGUCGCCAUGCGCAGAUCCACGACUUUAUCACCUCGCUGCCAGAGGGCUAUGCGCAGCGGCUGGGCCCCAAGGGCAUGUCGCUGUCCGGAGGCCAGAAGCAGCGGUUAUCGCUUGCGCGGGCGUUGCUGCGGCAGCCCAAGCUACUGCUUCUCGACGAGGCGACGUCGUCUCUCGACUCCGAGUCGGAGAAGCUGGUCCAGGAGGCGAUUGAGCGCGCGGCGGGCGAGGGGGGCCGCACUGUGGUUUCUGUGGCCCAUCGCCUGGCUACGAUUCAAAAGGCUGAUGUUAUAUUUGUGCUGGGUAGUGGCAAGGUGUUGGAGAAGGGCGACCAUCAGGCUUUGCUGAAGAAGAGGGGUGUUUAUUGGCAGAUGUGCCAAGCUCAAGCGCUGGAUGCAUAA